AUGGCAAUCUCCAAAGCUAGACCCUCUCCUCUCCCUCUCCUCUCCUUCCAGCUGCUACUCACCCUCUCCCUCCUCCACCCUCUACAUUGCUGCCAUGCAUCCCAACAACCCAUCCAGCACAUUGCAGUCCUUGUGCUGGAGAACCGGUCCUUCGAUCACAUGCUUGGAUGGAUGAAAGAGGCCUUCAACGCAUCGAUCGAUGGCCUCAACGGCACCGAAUGCAACCAUAGAUCCACCAAAGACCCCAAUUCACCAACCAUCUGUGUUUCCGACGAUGCCACGUACGUCGAUCCCGAUCCAGAUCACUCAUUGCAAGGCAUCAAGGAACAAGUCUUUGGCUCCGACGCUACCCCAACCAUGUCAGGCUUCGUCGAACAAGCUCUAACCAUCUCCGAAGACGUAGCCAACAUAGUCAUGAAAGGCUUCAAGCCUGACAGGGUUCCAGUUUUCACCACCCUGGUGCAAGAAUUCGCAGUCUUCGAUCGAUGGUUCUCGGCGCUUCCUGGGCCGACACAGCCUAACAGGCUCUUCGUCUAUUCUGCCACCUCCCAUGGGGCGACGAGCACCGACAAGAAGCACCUAGCUUUAGGGUAUCCGCAGAAGACCAUCUUCGACUGUCUUGAUGAUGAUGGCUUGGACUUCAAUAUCUACUUUAGUAGUGCUCCGACAACGCUGUUCUAUAGGAAUUUGAGGAAGCUGAAAUACGUGAGAAAAUUCCAUACGUUUGGUACGUUCAUGGAUCAUGCAAGGGAUGGGAGGCUGGCAACGCUUAGUGUGCUCGAGCCAAGGUACUUCGAUAUUGCUUCCGAUCCUGCAAAUGAUGACCAUCCAUCGCAUGAUGUUGCCAAUGGGCAGAAGCUUGUGAAGGAGGUGUAUGAGGCUCUAAGAGCUAGUCCUCAGUGGAAUGAGAGCCUUUUGCUCAUCACGUACGACGAGCAUGGUGGAUUUUACGACCAUGUUCCGACUCCUAAUGUCGGCAUUCCAAGUCCUGAUGGGAUUGUAGGGCCUGCACCAUAUAACUUCACUUUCGAUCGGCUGGGAGUUCGAGUUCCGACCAUUGCAGUUUCCCCUUGGAUCAAGAAAGGAACAGUGGUGACAAGGCCAAAUGGACCAACUCCAAACUCAGAAUUCGAGCACUCUUCAAUCCCUGCAACUAUAAAGAAGAUAUACAACCUCACCUCAGAUUUCUUGACUCAGAGAGAUGCUUGGGCUGGGACCUUCGAGGGCAUCGUCGGUGAACUAACCUCGCCAAGGACAGAUUGUCCCGAAGUGUUGCCAGAUGUGACUCCUCUGAGGAUGACUGGAGCAAAAGAAGACAGCCCACUAUCAGAGUUUCAGAGUGAGAUAGUCCAACUGGCUGCUGCUCUCAGUGGUGAUGAUUACUCGAGCAGCUCGAGUUUUAUGACUGUUAAGGAAGCUGAUGGCUUUGUGAAUGAUGCUAUGUCAAAAUUCUUUCAAGCAAGCAAAGAAGCCUUGUACUUGGGUGCAGAUGAAUCAGAGAUAGUAGAUAUGAGAUACUGAUGGAAUGCCAGAACCACAAGCACA